UUGACAACGGGCAGAGCGAAGCGCCGCGAUCCUGCGUGUUUGUUUCCAGCGGUCUUAUUUACACGUACUAAUAUUUCACCAUGGCUAUGCAAGCAGCGAAACGCGCUAAUAUCCGACUGCCUCCUGAGGUGAACCGGAUCCUUUACGUCAGGAACCUCCCGUACAAGAUCACAGCCGAGGAGAUGUACGACAUCUUCGGGAAAUACGGGCCGAUCCGCCAAAUCAGAACAGGGAACACGCCUGAAUCGAGAGGAACGGCGUAUGUGGUUUAUGAAGACAUCUUUGACGCCAAGAAUGCCUGCGACCAUCUGUCAGGCUUCAACGUGUGCAACCGUUACCUGGUGGUCCUCUACUACAAUGCAAACAGAGCGUUCCAGAAGAUGGACACGAAGAAGAAAGAGGAACAGCUGAAGCUUCUAAAAGAGAAAUACGGCAUCAACACGGACCCUCCGAAGUAGCUUCCUGCCUCUUCGUCCUUCUAUCUGUACAAACCCCCCGCGUUCCUCGGUUUACGCCGGUCGUUAUUUUACUGGUCUUUUUUUAUAUGAUUGUGUUUCAUCAAAAUUCUCUUUGUUUGAUCCUCAACUUCACGAAGGACACGAUUCACAGGAUGUGAAUGUGUGUGGCCAUAGUCUUCAUCCUCCAAGAUGUUAUUUUUUACUCUUUUCAGACGCAUCCAGUCUUUAAAUGUAAAGCUAACCAUGUGCGACAUGAAAUGGAGUUGAUCAGUGACGACUAUGUGAAGUAUUUGGUUUCUGUAAAAUAAAUGCCCCUAUUCUUAAA